CCAACACUGCUUUAUGAUGUACCUGCCGCUUGUAGUGAGCACUUUGACUUCCUGUCAGACUGAACUCAGGACAUUAAAUAAUUAAACUCUCAGAGUCGAUUGAUCGAGCAAACAGUUGCACUUCAUCUAAGAACCUGAUGAUAACAGCUGCUGCCUCUGUGCUCCUGAACAAAUAUUAGCCUCGUCUUCCUUCAGUACAGUCGGGGUAAGGCCAACGUGACGAGCAUGCUGGCACCGCAGGCCGACCGGGUCAUGGCAAUCGGGGAGUGGGAGGAACGCUGGCAGGAGGACAGGAUUGGUUUUCAUCAGCCCAACGUACACAAGAUGCUGGAGACAUACAUCGAUAAAGUCACCGUCGGGCGGGCUGGAGUUCGCUUCUUCGUCCCUCUUUGUGGGAAAGCUUUGGACAUGAAGUGGCUGGCAGACAUGGGCCAUUCAGUGGUGGGGGUGGAGAUAUCUGAGAUGGCCAUAAAGCAAUUCUUCGAGGAGAACAACAUGACUUACAGCGAGGAAGCUGUCCCUGACAUACCUGGAGCAAAGGUUUACAAGGGCUCAGAGAGAAAUAUUUCCCUCUAUCAAUGUGACCUGUUCAACUUCUCCAGUUCUGUUGGGGGUCAGUUCGGGGCAAUCUGGGACAGAGGAUCUCUAGUGGCCAUUAACCCACGAGACAGAGAAAAGUAUGCUGCUCUCAUAACGUCCCUCAUGGCCAAAGACUGCAGAUACCUCCUGGACACACUGCUGUACAAUCCUGAGUUAUAUUCAGGUCCUCCAUUUUUGGUGCCCGAUGAACAAGUGCACAGCCUGUAUGGGAACAGCUGCGAUAUCGAACUCCUGCAGACAGAGGACGUCCUGUCCGAGAGAAACCGAGGCUGGGGGCUGGAUUACCUAACGGAACAUGUUCACCUCAUCACUCCAAAGAGCACUUAAACUCUUAAUUUGUAAGUGUAGAGAGAAGAACAGAUAUCUUUACUGCAAACAUACAGGUCCAAGGCCGUUUUUUUUAACGCUUAGACAUAUUUUUCAUACAGUUGCAUUUACGGGUAAGAUGAAGGUGCAUGAAUGAAAAUGUCA